GCUAUCAACCAAAAAAAAAGGAUGAAACUAUGCUGAAAUCUCACCUUACCUCUGUCACCCUUUCCUCUGAUAUUGAUUCUAUAAGACUGUUCUGAAUGGUUUAUGAUGCUGUUUGUCCUGACGUCAUCGGCCCACAGCAACUCAUUUUUCCUGCGAAAGGUGACACUGCAUGAGCAGUGAAGCACAGCCAGCAUGGCCGCUUCAGGACAUGACAAAGAUGUGGAAACGCAAUCACGCUUGGAGCAGCAGUCUUCCUUGGUAUCAUCCGAGCCUGUACCACUUGCAAGGGUAUUCGUCGGGUCGAGCGAUGAGAAGGAUUCGCAAAAUGCUUCCAGUAGCACAGCCGGCUCUGUAACCAGCGAUAAAAUUGAAGAAAGGCACAACACAACUGCAUUGGCUCAAAGAAAAACAAGAUGGUAUACAAAACUCAAUCCGUUGAGGCUCCGGCAGCCGCCUCCCAUACCAGAAGAGCGAACGGUAUCAAGAGAAUACAAGGCUGGAAUCUUAAGUCUCAUAACAUUCCAAUGGAUGAGCCCGCUGAUGAUGACGGGCUAUUUGCGCCCACUUGAAUUGCAAGAUAUCUGGCUGGUCAACCCAGAGAGAUCAGUGGAUAUCCUAUCAGAGAGAUUAAAUUCCUCGUUCAGGAGACGAGUCGAACGUGGGGACCGUUACCCGCUGCUUUGGGCUAUCUAUGAGACCUUCAAAUUCGAAUUCUGGCUCGGAGGCGUUUGCCAAGUUUUUUCGUCUCUUCUACAGGCGUUUACCCCUUAUCUAACAAGGUACUUGAUCGCCUUUGCCACAGAUGCAUACAUUGCAAAAUUCACAGGCCGUCCAGAACCACAUGUCGGACGUGGAAUUGGGAUUGCGGUCGGCAUAUGUGUGAUGCAGGUUUUCCAGAGCUUGACUACGAGUCAAUUUUUCUUCCACGGAAUGAUGGUAGGGGGUCAGUCUCGAGCAGCACUGGUGAACGCUAUUUUUGCAAAGGCGACAAAGCUCUCUGGUAGAGCGAAAGCCGGCGGGAGAGAAAACCCCCAUUGUGAAGCAAACGAAUCCGAUGAAGCAGAGCUUCAAACUGCCAGAGAUGGAGUUAUCAGAGAGAUUCCCGAAAAGAAGGCUGGAAAACAGAGACCUAAACCGAAGAUAUCGGCAAAGACUGCUGCUAAUAUCGCUGGAGAUGGAAGCGGAUGGAGCAAUGGAAAGAUUGUCGCGCUGAUGAGUAUCGACACCGAUCGGAUUGACAAAGCUCUUGGAUUGUUUCAUUUGCUCUGGACAUCCCCGAUCAUUAUUAUUGUCGCCCUUAUUCUUCUAUUGGUCAAUAUAGGAUACAGUGCUCUCUCGGGAUAUGCAUUACUGAUUUUAGGCGUGCCAUUACUUACUUACUCUAUCAGAUCGCUGAUUAUUCGGCGCCAGCGCAUCAAUGUAAUAACGGAUCAGCGAGUAUCCCUCACGCAAGAAAUCCUGCAGGCAGUCAGGUUCGUCAAAUUCUUUGGUUGGGAGAGCAGCUUUUUGGAUAGACUAAAGGAUAUCCGAACGCGAGAGAUUACGGCUAUUCAGUUCGUCCUCUCUAUUCGCAAUGCGAUUUUGUGUGUUUCAUUGUCGCUUCCUGUUUUUGCCUCAAUGUUGGCCUUCAUAACUUAUGCCCUCACGAAUCACGAACUUACUCCUGCGCCGAUCUUCUCAUCUCUGGCGCUUUUCAAUACUCUUCGCUUGCCAUUGAACAUGCUUCCUCUGGUGAUUGGCCAGGUAACAGAUGCCUGGACAGCGAUUUGCCGAAUUCAAGAAUUUCUCCUUGCCGAAGAACAAAAGGAUGAUAUCAAGUGGAACAAAACCAUGGACAAUGCGCUGGAGCUGAAAGAUGCGUCAUUCACGUGGGAAAGGCUGCCCACUGAUCCAGACGAGAGCGAGAAAGCCAACAGAAAAGGGGGUAAGAAAGGAAAAUAUCACAGCAAGGGGCCUCAACUGCCUUUGGAGGAGAGUGGUCAAGGAACAGAUUCCGGUACCAAAAGCCCCAGUGAACCGUUCAAGCUUAGCGAUUUGAAUUUUACUGCUGGUCGAAACGAGCUUCUUGCCGUUAUUGGGACAGUAGGUUCCGGAAAGACGUCACUUUUGGCUGCAAUUGCAGGAGAUAUGAGAUUAACUGGUGGCGAAGUGACUAUGGGUGCCUCACGAGCGUUCUGCCCGCAGUAUGCAUGGAUCCAGAACGCAACCUUGAAGGAAAACAUCCUCUUUGGCAAAGAAUACGACAAGGUUUGGUACGAUGAAGUUAUUGAGGCGUGCGCCUUACGAGCAGAUCUUGAAAUGCUUCCGGCUGGCGACAAAACAGAAAUCGGCGAACGAGGCAUCACGAUUUCCGGCGGACAGAAGCAGCGAUUGAAUAUCGCUAGGGCUAUUUAUUUUAACGCUGACCUUGUUCUGAUGGAUGACCCGCUAUCAGCUGUUGAUGCCCAUGUUGGUCGGCAUAUUAUGGAUAACGCGAUUUGUGGCUUGCUUAAAGACAAGUGCCGGAUCCUAGCGACGCAUCAGCUACAUGUUCUUAAUCGUUGCGAUAGAAUUAUUCUCAUGAAUGAUGGCCGCAUAGAGUCAGUGGACACCUUCGAUAAUCUUAUGCGUGACAGCGAGCUAUUUCAAAGGUUGAUGGCAACAACUUCUCAAGAGGAGGAAAAGGAAAAUGAAAAAAAGGAAAAUGAUGAGAUAGAAGAGGAAGAAAAGCCAGACGAGAAGACGAAAUCUUCCAAACAGCCAGCUAUGCUGAUGCAGCAGGAGGAGCGAGCUGUAGACUCUGUGAGUUGGAAAGUGUGGUGGGCAUAUAUCUCAUCAUUUGGGUGGCCUACUAAUUUUCCUCUCAUCGUCAUCUUCCUGCUCCUAUGCAACGGCGCGAACAUCGUCACAAGUCUGUGGUUGUCCUACUGGACUUCGGAUAAAUUUAACCUCCCGCAAGGGGAAUAUAUGGGCAUAUAUGCAGCUUUGGGGGCUUCACAAGCAAUCUUAAUGUAUGGAUUCUCUACGAUCCUUACAACUAGUGGGACAAACGCCAGUAAGAGCAUGUUGCAAAAGGCAAUGACACGAGUUUUAAGAGCUCCGAUGUCCUUUUUCGAUACGACACCUCUUGGACGCAUUACCAAUCGUUUUUCAAAGGACAUCCACACCAUGGAUAACGACCUGUGUGAUGCCAUGCGGAUAUAUUACCUAACUUUCACCAUGAUCAUCUCAGUCAUGGUACUAAUCAUUGUCUUUUACCACUUCUUUGCUGUGGCCCUCGUUCCGCUUCUUGUUCUUUUCCUGCUGGCGGCGAAUUUCUACAGAGCUUCUGCCCGAGAAAUGAAACGGCACGAAGCCGUUCUUCGAUCCGUUGUGUUUGCGCAAUUUGGCGAAGCUGUUUCAGGCACUGCAUCAAUCAGAGCAUAUGGCCUCCAAGAUCACUUCAUUAAGCGAAUUCGCGCCGCAAUCGAUAAUAUGAAUAGCGCAUAUUUUCUCACUUUCUCGAACCAACGAUGGUUGAGUAUCAGACUAGAUGCGGUUGGCUGUCUCAUGGUUUUCGUUACGGGGAUCCUAGUUGUUACUUCGAGAUUCGAUGUCGAGCCUAGUAUUUCCGGAUUGGUUCUCUCCUACAUCCUUGCUAUCUUCCAAAUGCUGCAGUUUACCGUGCGCCAGCUGGCUGAAGUUGAGAAUAACAUGAACGCUACAGAACGAAUACAUUAUUACGGGACCCAACUGGAGGAGGAAGCACCCCUCCAUAUGCGGGAACUAGACAAAACCUGGCCAUCAAGGGGGGAAAUCACUUUCUCCAACGUACAAAUGCGAUAUAGAGAGGGGCUUCCUCUCGUUCUUCAAGGUUUAAACAUGAAAAUACAGGGUGGUGAACGGAUCGGAAUUGUUGGACGGACUGGAGCCGGCAAGUCCAGCAUCAUGUCCGCUCUAUUUCGACUCACGGAACUCUCCGGUGGAAGUAUCGAGAUCGACGGUAUUGACAUCUCCACAAUUGGCCUUCAUGAUCUUCGUUCGCGAUUAGCAAUUAUUCCUCAAGAUCCAACUCUUUUCCGGGGAACCGUUCGAUCAAAUCUCGACCCUUUUAACCAAUACAGCGACCUUGAGCUCUGGUCCGCCCUGCGAAAGGCAGAUCUCGUCGGAGAGGGCCCCACAUCCAAUGAACAGGAACCAGCAGAGACUGCCAAAAACGCAAACCAGCCACAACAGCGCAUUCAUCUUGACUCUCCUGUCGAAGAAGAGGGGUUGAACUUCUCUCUCGGCCAGCGACAGCUCAUGGCCCUUGCCCGUGCUCUGGUGCGCGACUCCCGUAUUAUCGUGUGUGACGAAGCGACUUCGUCUGUGGAUUUUGAAACGGACCAGAAGAUCCAAAAGACUAUGGCGCAAGGAUUUGAAGGCAAGACCUUGCUAUGCAUUGCCCACCGGCUGCGCACAAUUAUCAACUAUGAUCGUAUUUGCGUGAUGGCCCAGGGACGAAUUGCAGAAUUUGACACUCCACUGGCGUUGUGGGAAAUGGGAGGGAUAUUCCGUGGAAUGUGUGAUCGGAGUGGGAUUAUAAGAGAUGAUUUCUUUGCACAGUGAAGCACUUAAAUGGGAAUUAGAUCAGAUAUACGGAGUAUAACCACUUCGUAUGGCUCAUCAAAAGUGGGCCAUUGGUUGGGAACAGAUCUUGGUACCUCAUUUUUAUUUUCUGUUGAUAUAAAAGACCUACCUCCCAGCAGGUUUCGUAAAUACUGAUAGAAUAUGAAAAUAGAUUAUUUCAUGCAUUUUUUUCAUC